AGGCACGCCUACCAUCCGUCCUUUGUUGACUUUGUACCGGAUAUAGUCUCUUACGACGUUUGUUUAUCUCCCUUGGAAAUUGGUCAUUGAGACCGUGAAGCUCCCUUCCUCUGCUUUUGAUCAGCUCCUUUUGUUGGUAGUGUUCAAAUUUUGGGGACCCUUGGUCUUGUCGCUUCGAGCUCCAUGUCUUGUUACUCGGUGGAAAGCCACCUUGGUUACAGUCUCUAUAGGAAGUAUGAAGGCGGAUUGCAUGAAUUCUCUGAUCACGCCCACUGGAUUAUUGGAUGCGUCCUCAGGAACCCCAGAACAAAAAUGAUUUUCACACAUGCUACGACAUUGUAUGUCUAGUAGCGACUCCUUCAUCACCCUGUUAUCCCUGAGUAGACAAUCCAUGUGGGAAUCGUGGAUUUUUACCUUGACUUCGGUCCUGAUAUUCCCCAGAUAGAUGUGACUCCCUACAGUAUGACAGACAGAGGAUACUCUGCUCAGGAGAGACAGACGGUCUCUCUGCUCUGCCAGGCCCAAUCCAACCCGCCCAGUCAAUAUGUCUGGUUCUACAACAACAGCCAGGUGUACACGGGAUCCCAGUUCACUAUCCCUUGGAUUAUGCGGCUGAACACAGGUACCUAUGCCUGUCUGGCUCAGAACACAUACCUCAACACCCGCACUCGCAAGACCAUCAGCCUCACCGUCUUCUACCCUCCAGAUGGUUCCCCCUCCUGCUCUGUUCUGCCAGCAAUGAACUACUCCUCCCUCAACCUGACCUGUUCAUGGCCGGGGGGCCUGCCCUCCCCUUCACUACGCUGGACCACAAACCUUCUGUCCCUGGCACAGGGAGGGGCGUGGCCAGCCAACAAUGUCUCCGUACUGCAGUCUGGAUCCCAGACCUCCAACAACUCUCUGUUCACCUGCCUGGGGAUACACCCUGCUCUCAACACCUCCACACAAUGCACUGCACGGGCCUGGUCUCCUUAUAGUGAGCCAGUGUGUUCUGCUUAUGCCACCGGUAAGAACCAAUACCUGCUGCUGUCCUGCUCAUGGGAAGGUGGGUCUCCCAGGUCCAUAGUGUGGUGGGAGGGGCCUAAAGGAGAGGGCAGGGGCCAAGGAGUGGAGACCUCUAACAUCCUGGUACUUCGUUCUAACUCCACCCAGAACGGACAGGCCUACACCUGCUACGCCAAACACCCCCUGGACACACACACCAGGACUUGCAGCCUUAGACUGGAGGCUCCAGUCUUGUUGACCCAGCGUAGUGUGGUGUCUGUGUUUGAGGGCAGUGAUGUCCAGCUCACCUGUAUCCUGCAAGCUAACUAUCCUCCGGUCAAUCAGAUUGUCUGGUUCAACAACCGCAGACAGGAAGUCAUACAGGAAGUCCAGGAAGCCCUGGCCACAACCAGGAAGUAUGUGCUGCGUCGCGCAGCUGCGUGGACCAACCUGACGGUCCUAGAGACGGAUGGAACUACAGACAACGGCCAAUACUGGUGCUCCGCUAGCAACGCUGUGGGAGGGACUGAGAUCCCUGUUACGCUACUGGUCAAGAGAUACCCCAUGCCUCCCAAUGUGACCCUGGUAAGGCUUGUUUACAGCAGUCAACAGCGUAGAGAGGUGGAGCUGGAGUGGCAGAUGGAGGGAGAGGGAGAAGGAGGAGAGGGAGGAGGGCUGACUGGAUUUAUACUUGAGCGCAGACUAGAGGAGGCACCAGGGAGAAGGAGAGGAGAGGAGGAAAAAGAGAAGGACAGAGAGGAGGCUGGUGCAGAUCCUGCUGACCAAGAGGAGCAGCGACAGGAAAAAAGGAGUAGUUUCUCUCCAUGGAAACAGGUGGCAGUAUUGGAAGCCAGGGAGAGGGUCCACACGCUGGGCAACAUGACCCCAACAGAUACCUACCAGAUACGCAUCACAGCUGUCAAUCACAGAACCCUCGGACACCCCUCCCCCCCAGAAACACCAGCGGACCCUCCCUUCAGUGCGUACCCUGCUGUGAUUGGAGCUGCCAUUGGAGGGAUGCUCAUCACGACCAUAGCAACUGUUCUGCUGUUCAUGUACAUAUUCCGCAACUGCAACAACAACCCCAGACUCCAUGACAUGCUCUUUGGAAUGCAGCACAGCUGGUCCAGGGAGAACAUCAACCUCCCUGAUGAUGAGGUGAUGGGAGGAGUUGACGGAGAGGGAGGAGCUACAGAACAUUGCCCCUCCCCUAGCCCAGGUCACGUCCAUGUCCUCUCCUAGGCCUGCCUCCCCCGUCUCCCCUCCUCUAACUGCUGAGGACAACGAACCUGUCAACGUCACCAUCACCGUCAUGGCAACGGGCUGAAGAUCACACACACAUCCAUACAUACUGGAUAAUGCUGCGUUCAUAACAAGUGGAAACUCUGUAAAUACAAUUUGUAUUAAAAGUACAGCUGUCAUGCUCAAAAACAUUAUAGUGUUCAAAUACCAUACUAAUAGAUUAUUUUUCAUAAAUAAUGAUUUGCUGUUGCAUUUAACUUCCAAAAAUGCUGUUAUCAAGGUAAUUUCCUUAGUAUGUGAUGUCAGAGUUCAGCAUGUGGGAGAAGUCGAAGCUCAGAGAUGAUAGACGAGUUUCCCACUAGUAAUUACCAGUUGGAAGGGCAUGCAAGUGUAUUUUUCCAAGUCAUAUGCUGGUAUUUACAAAUAUAGGAGAUGGUGUGAAUGCAGCCUAUGCACCUGUCUGUUCUGCCUUCCAGGUUGAAAUAAAGUACAGUUCUUAUCA